AUGCCGCCGACCUCAGCGCCACGCCCGCCGCGCUUCUACAUCCCUGCCCGCCUGGCCGACGCGGCUCCAGGCGCCGUGCUGCGCCUGCCGGCCGAGGAGAGCCGGCACGCCGCCAAGACGCUGCGCCUGCGCCAGGGCGACCGCAUCGAGCUGUGUGACGGCAGCGGCUUUGUGGCGCUGGCCGAGAUGGGGGGGGUGGACAGGGCGGGGGCGGUGGCACAGGUGCUGGAUGCCGCGCAGCUGGUGCCCGCGGUGGGCUGGCAGUGGCGGGUGGCGUGCGCCUGCGGCUCCCUCAAGGGCGGCCGCUCAGACUGGCUGGUGGAGAAGUGCGCGGAGCUGGGUGCGGCCGCCUUCACGCCCCUGCUGACGCACCGCUCCCCCACCAUUGGCGGCGGCGGCGGCAGGGACGACGGCAGGCCCGCGGGGCGCGGCGCCAAGCAGGCGGGCAGGCGACGAGGUGCGCCGCCUGCUGGGUGA